UAGUCUUUCGUCGGCCUUCAAUCGCGCAGCUUAGUUCAGCGGGCAAACCUGACGCAUUUGCCGCAUGCGGGCCAAAACCUAACAGAAAACAAAAAAAAGCAAAAAAAGAACAAAAAUUCAAAUUUAUUUUUUUGCUGUCGCACGAUUCUUCUGAGAAUUGCAACAUUUUGCUAGCAAUUCGUGUGCCGAAAACUCGCUCUGAAUCGGCAGUUCUUGCUAAAUUUUUGGGCAACACGUGUUGCUGCCAAUGAGACAAUUACACUUGCCUCUCUCUCUAGCGGCCUCUCCCUCUCUCUCUCACUCUUAAUUACGUCCGCCUCCGGCGGGGUACAAAGUACACGUCACCGUCACAGCUGGCACAAGCGUUAAUUGGCGAGCGGGAAUCCGAAGAAGAAAGCAGAGAAACCGAACAGCAGAGCAGCAGAGCAGCAGAGCGGAGAGUAGCGAAACCUUUUAGUGAUUGACGAACUGCGCUAAAGGCCAGUCGAGUGUCGAGAGUCGAGAGUCGAGAAUCGGACAACGGAGCAAUGGGCUACGAUGAGGUUAUCGUUCAGCUGGGCGACUUUGGCCGCUACCAGAAGAUCAUCUAUGUGCUCAUCUGUCUGACCUCCAUACCGGUGGCAUUUCACAAGCUCGCCGGGGUUUUUCUGCUCGCCAAGCCGGAGUUCCGGUGCGCGCUGCCCACGGAUGUGGAUGGGGCCAGUUACGAGCUGCCGGCGCAGCUGCAGCAGCUCGCAUACCCUGAAAAGGACAGCUGCGCCUACUACGAGGUGGCCUACACCAAUGGCAGCUACCAUCGGCUGAGCAACAGCAGCCAGAGUUGCACUCGCUACAUCUACGAUCAGAGCAAAUACCUGAAUAGCGCCGUCACCGAGUUCAACUUGGUGUGCGGACGUGGCUUUCUCGCGGCUAGCAGUGAUUCCAUGUUCAUGCUGGGCGUGCUGCUGGGCAGCAUUAUCUUCGGGCAGCUGAGCGACAAGCACGGUCGGAAGCCUAUCUUCUUUGCCUCGCUGGUCAUCCAGGUGAUCUUUGGCGUGGUGGCAGCCCUGGCGCCAGAAUACUUCACCUAUACGCUGGCCCGCCUCAUUGUGGGCAGCACCACAUCCGGUGUCUUCCUGGUGGCCUACGUCAUCGCCAUGGAAAUGGUGGGUCCCACCAAGCGCCUGUACGCUGGCAUCUUUGUGAUGAUGUUCUUCUCCAUGGGCUACAUGCUGACGGCGGUCUUCGCCUACUUCAUCCACGACUGGCGCUGGCUGCAGAUCGGCCUGACCCUGCCCGGGCUGGUGUUCAUGUGCUACCAUUGGAUCAUACCGGAGUCCGUGCGCUGGCUGCUGUCCAAGGGCCGCAACGAGGAGGCCAUGCAGAUCAUACAGAAGGCGGCGCACUUCAAUCGGGUGAACAUCACGAAGGAGACUUUGGUCGCUCUGCUGGACGAGGGCGUCAGCUGCAAGCAGGAGGUGAAGGAGGAGACGGCUAGGCCGCCCUCGGUGUGGGAUCUGCUGCACUAUCCCAAUUUGCGCCGCAAGACGCUCGUCAUCUUUUUCGAUUGGCUGGUCUGCACUGGCGUCUACUACGGCCUCUCCUGGAGCACCAACAAUCUGGGCGGCAAUGUCCUGCUCAACUUCUUAAUCUCUGGCGCCGUGGAGAUACCCGCCUACUGCUUCCUGCUGUUGACCCUGAACAGAUGGGGCCGUCGCUCCAUACUCUGCGGCUGCAUGCUGGUCGCCGGUGUCAGCCUGCUGAUGACCAUCAUCGUGCCACAGCAUAUGCACUGGCUCAUCGUCACGUGCGCCAUGGUGGGCAAGCUGGCCAUCACGGGCUCCUACGGCACCAUCUAUCUCUUCUCCAGCGAGCAAUUCCCUACGGUGGUGCGCACGGUGGGCAUGGGCGCCGCCUCCAUGGUCUCUCGGCUGACUGGCAUGCUGGCGCCCUAUCUAAAUGCCCUGGCCACCAUUUGGCCACCGCUUCCCCUGGUCAUCUAUGGCGCCCUCUCGCUGGCCGCCGGCUUCAUGUCGCUGAUGCUGCCGGAGACGCACAACAAACCGACACUGGAGACGAUCGCGGAUGGCGAGCGAUUCGGUAAGAAGGAGCCAACCGAUGCCUACUUGGAAACAGGCAAGGAGCUGCGGGAGACAUUGGAAGCACAACCCCUAAAUGCGGCCAUGCUCAAUGGCAACGGGCACAAAUACUGAGCAAGUCAAGUAGCCGAAGACUUCGGCACAUGUCGAAGAUGAAAUUCCUUGUAGACAAUAUCCAUACGGAUAUACGUUUUGAGAAGUACCUCAAGAGAUCUGAGGAUAAAAGUUCCAAAUUUGAUACGAAAAGUAAGUUUAAUGAUGGGCCUAUAUUAGGAUUUCCCUAUAUAGAGACUUGGAUAUUCUUCCUUAAUUAUAGUUCCAUAUUGAUAGAUAUUGAUAUUGAUAGAUAUUCUCUAAAAUACCAAGUUUUUUGUCCGAAUUUCUGAUAGACUAAUAAAGUUUGGCAGUUAUAUCAUUUAGUCGUCCGAUUUUUUCAUAUUCAACUCCUAUGCACUAGAAAGACAAAGACUUUGACUCAUUUGCUUGAAAACAGACAAGUAUAACGCUGUUUAUUAGACAUCUAUAGGUCUUCCACGUUCCAUAACAAUAUUCAUAGCAUCGCCUCUACAAGGGUACUAAAUAAUAAGAUCUUUGAACUCGAAAAAAAGAAUAUUUUCAACUUAGCUGUGGCUUCGGCUAGACUAGACUUCAUUUUGAGUGCCCUACGUGAGCUUUUUUUUCUUGAGAUUCCUCAAAAAUUAAUUUUUGCUAAUUAGCUAAGGCCAAGCUUGUCGUGGGUCAUUAACCUUCUAGCUGAUGUAUUUACAGCUAUAUUUUCCUAUAAAAGACAAAGUAUUAUUUUUUUGAAAUCUCAUAUGCAUGCCAAAAAAAAAAACAAAAAAGGAAAAAGUGAAAAAAAAAAAAACAGCGCAUAGAAAAUUCUUCUCUUUUAGGCAUUUAGCAGGGCUCAGUAGCAUCACUAGGGGGUAGGUUUACUGUUGUCCUGCCCAAUAUUCCAUUUAGGGAUUGAAGAGGGAGAAAAGAAGUUGAUAGUGUGCUCUACUGCAACCCUGUGCCCAUUAUGACAAUGUAUUAUUUUUACUCUCUAUGUAUAUGUAUCUGCAUCUCUGUAUGUCUGUAUGUAUACGAUAAACGUAGUACUUACUUAAUUACUUACGACUUAACAUUAUAUCGAAUUUCUAGACAAAUGUACUUAUCUCUAUGUACUUAUAUAUUUAAUAUAUAUUGCGAAAUUGUAUCUAUUCCUGGACCAAAGUAAAUAAAUCUUAACUCGAAAUAAAUCUUAA